UACGCACAAAAAUCUAAAGGAAAACGGUCGAGUUUAUAUAAAAAAAGAAAAGAAUUUUUAUUUUUGGUACGUAAAAUUCUCGAAUCUGUUAGUUGAUGAUGAUUUGCUUUACGAUGUAGAUAUAUGUACAUACACAUAAAUGAAACUGUAUUUCCCUAGGGAUAACAUGUACGACCGAUAUCGUACAAUUCAAACUAAGAUUAAAAGUCUAGGAAAAAAGAUUUGCUCGAUCCUUUAACUGUUUAUAAUUGCAAAUCGAAAUACGGAAUGAUAAAAGGAGCAGUCUAAAAAUUGUUUUUAUUCUCGGAAUGAAGACCAAUUUAUAGACUGAUAUGAAUACGUGUAUUAUAAUUCUAGAAAAAAUUUUCCAAAUCUAUAAAAGAAAUACAUACAAAAUCGCACCAAUUAUUCUUUAUCGACCCCGAUCAAGCAAUUAAGUUUAAUGCAAGUCAUACGUAAUAAGACUCGCAUGAGAUCUAAUAGCAUGAGAAAUCUUAUCGAGUGCUGAAGGCUUUAUUCUGUUAUUUGACAUGAACAAAGUUACGUCUAUCUUCACACAUAUAAUUUUGUUAGAAGCAGUGUAUCGGAUCUUUCUGUCUUUUUGUGUAUUUUUCUUGUUCACACAUAGAUACAGUAAAAUACAUUUUUACUGUAAUACAAACUAAUAAGUUUCAAUGUCAUUAAUAAGAAGAAUUACGUUAGAGGAAGAAAUUAAAAAAAAUCCUAAAUUGAAAUUAUCUGAUAUACAAUCACUCAGAGAAUGGUGCAAGAAACAAAUACAUUUGCCAAAAAUUGAAGACAGCUUUCUCGCUUUGUUUCUUCAUAAUAACUAUUAUCAAAUGGAACCAACUAAAAACACAAUUGAGAAUUAUUACACGAUUAGAACACGUUCACCAGAAUUUUUUUGCAAUCGAGAUCCGCUCGAAGACAAAGGGCUACGACAAGCCUUCAAAGUCAUGCAAAAGUGCUUUGGAUAUACGAAUCAAAUCAUUAACAAUUUGCUGAAAAAGAAACAAGAUUGCGGUUAUGGAAUCCGUAUGAAAAUAUAGAACAUUACCAUUAAAUAUAUCAAUAUUUUGUAUAUACUCAAAAUUUUUAUUUCUAAAAAAAUUAAA